AUGUCGCCAUCUCCCAUUGUCAGGGUCGCUCCUAACGCGGCAAACCGAGCUCUCAAUCUCCUCAGGACAGUCCAGUACACUCACCCCCCUUCAUGCCCAUGCCACUCCAAUCCGGGGUACCAUGCGCAGCAGUCGAGCAGCAGUCUCCUGUCACGGCUCCAGGCUGGACCGGGCUCUCCCGCACGUCGCUACGGCACUCCGGCGGCGGCAGAGCAAAAGGAGUACGCUUUUGAGAUGGCGUCCUCGUCCGUCCGGUUCGGCCCCGGCGUGACAAAGGAGGUGGGGAUGGACUUUAAGAAUCUCGGUUCCAAGAGGGUGUGCGUCGUGACGGAUGAGACGGUCGACAAGCUCGAUGCUAUGAAGCAGGUGCGCGAGGGUCUCACGAGGGAGGGCAUCAGCUUCGAGGUGUUUAAGAAUGUCAAGAUUGAGCCCAAGGACAGUUCCAUCAAAGAAGCAAUCGAAUGGGUCAGGCCCUACCGGCCUGACGCCUUCCUGGCCGUGGGUGGCGGCUCCGUCAUGGACACGGCCAAGCUGAUGAACCUGUACAAUGCGUACCCGGACGCCGACUUUCUUGACUUCGUCAACGCCCCGCUCGGCAAAGGCCGACCCGUGGACAAGGCGUUGACGCCGCUGAUUGCCGUGCCCACGACGGCGGGGACGGGCAGCGAGACUACGGGCACGGCCAUCUUCGACCUGGUGUCACACAAGGCUAAGACGGGCGUGGCACACCGCAACCUCAAGCCCACGCUGGGCAUCUGCGACCCCCUAAACACGCGCACCAUGCCCGCCGCCGUCAAGGCCAGCUCCGGCCUCGACGUGCUCUGCCACUCCCUCGAGUCCUACACAGCCAUCCCCUACAACGAGCGCACCCCACGCCCGACCAACCCGCUCAACCGCCCGGCCUACCAGGGCGCCAACCCCAUCUCCGACGUCUUCUCCCUGCACGCCCUGAACCGCACAGUCAAGUACCUUCCCAGGUCUGUGCGGGACCCGGACGACUACGAGGCCCAGAGCGAGAUGCUCCUUGCUGCCACACUGGCCGGUAUCGGCUUUGGAAACGCCGGAGUCCACCUCUGCCAUGGCAUGUCGUACCCUAUCUCUGGCCAGAACCCGGGCUAUAAGCACCAGGGCUACGACGUCCCCAACCCCAUCAUCCCCCACGGAGUGUCCGUCGCCGUCUCCGCCCCCGCAGUCUUCCGCUUCACUGCCGCCUCCAACCCGGAGCGCCAUCUCGCCGCUGCAGAGGCCUUCGGCGUCGACAUCUCCAACGUCAAGCGUGAGAGUGCGGGCGAGGUCCUCGCCGAGGCUAUCACUCGGUUCCUCGGCGACCUCGGCGACCAGCCGGCCGGGCUGAAGCAUCUCGGCUUCAGUGGGGCGGACAUUGACGCACUUGUCGAGGGGACCAUCCCGCAGGCUCGUGUGCUCAAGCUGGCACCUGGGCUGGAUACGGAGCUGGAGGCGGAGAAGGAGCAGCUGAGGAAGUUGUUUGAGAGUGCCAUGUCACAUUAG